AAGCACAACGCCGACGAUCAAACGAAUUAUUUAACAAUCAAGACAAAUAAUUAUAAAUUAUAAUAGUGUUGUACCUAUUACAUUAUCAUUUACUUUUCCUCGCCGCGGCUGCAGCGGUACCCACCAUAGUAUCGGCCAAGGGCGGUCGACGGUUUGUGGUUACGUUAAUACGUUAGUAGUUUAGUUAGUACUUCAGUUCAGUUUGUCGCUCGACGCGGCUUAAUACGGUUAGUGUGUAUUCUAUGACGACGAAAACACUACGACAGUCGUCAGUCUCGAAUUCACGAUCCAUCAGUAUUCCGAACGGGGUUUGCGGAGUGCUAUUAUUUGGCGUCUUCGAAAGUUUUAAGUCACCAUGACGUCCUCCAAUGCCGUCCAGUCAGAAGUAAAAAAGCUUCCAUCUUCUGACCGUUUCUCAUUAUUACCAAAAAUAAUAAAUGGAGGUAUAGCUGGUAUUAUUGGAGUAACUGUAGUUUUCCCACUGGAUUUGGUUAAAACAAGACUUCAGAAUCAAAAGCCAGGUCCUGAUGGAUCUUUCAUGUAUAGAUCAAUGCUUGAUGCAUUUCGAAAGACAUAUGCUGCUGAAGGAUAUUUUGGAAUGUACCGAGGAUCUGCUGUAAAUAUUUUAUUAAUUACACCAGAAAAAGCCAUUAAAUUAGCAGCUAAUGAUCAAUUUCGACAUUGGUUGGCACCGCCUGGGAAGCCUUUAACGUUAAUACGCGAAAUGUUAGCCGGUGCAGGUGCUGGGCUUUUUCAAAUUGUUGUUACUACUCCUAUGGAACUAUUGAAAAUUCAAAUGCAAGAUGCUGGACGAGUUGCUGCACAAGCAAAAUUAGAAGGAAAAACUGUGCCAAAAAUAUCAGCUACAUCAUUGGCACGUGAAUUAGUUGCAUCCAAAGGGUUAUUAGGUCUUUACCGCGGUGUAGGAGCUACAGGAAUGCGUGAUGUAACAUUUUCCAUCAUUUACUUUCCAAUGUUUGCUAGGCUAAAUGCUUUGGGACCACGUAAAAAAGAUGGCUCUGGCGAUGCAGUAUUUUGGUGUUCAUUUGUAUCAGGUUGUGUAGCUGGUUCAUGUGCUGCUUUAGCUGUAAAUCCAAUUGAUGUAAUUAAAACUAGAUUGCAAGCAAUUAAAAAAUCUGAUGCCGAGGUAGAAUAUAAAGGAGUUGUUGACUGUUUUAUGAAAACAUUUCGUAAUGAAGGUCCUUUGGCAUUCUUCAGAGGUGGCGCAUGCCGAAUGAUAGUGAUUGCACCACUUUUUGGUAUCGCACAAACUAUUUAUUAUUUAGGGGUAGCUGAAAGAAUUAUGGGUGUGAAAAAAUAAAGAGGCAAUAUUCAGUGUAAAGCAAUAAAAAUGUAUCUGAAAUUAGUUCACUUUUAUCCUUACACAGUAUUAUUGUUAGCUCACUUUUGCGUUUUCACA